UUUUCGAGUUAACUGACGACAUCGAUCUAUUAUUCUGCCUUUCACUUGCUCAUAUUGGUUGUUUGACGGGCUGCUGAUCCUCCUGCCCUUCUUCAGAGUGCGGUCUGCAAAUUCUUCCCGUCCGAUAUGUCAUGCUUAGUUAACAGUGCCAUUUUCUUUUGCUGCCAUAGGUGCACCUUUGUCCACCAAUGCAGGUUGAGCAUCGGGAUAUGCUUGAUGCACAAAUUGCGUUUGCGCAUUCCCAAUGUCAUGUGGGGACUGAACUUUUGAAUCUAUCGCAGGGUGUUUCGGCUACAGGAGGGUGUUAUGUUUCAAGACAUGGGGAUCAAGGAGCUCUCGGGACUACUAAAGAGGUUCGCGCUUCGCGUGCGCCCUUUCUUCUGUUCAUUUCUCUCUUUUGCAAUAAUCUGUGUGUGGAUUUGUUCUUCUCUCCUUUCUUUCCUUUCCUUGUUCUUUCUCUCCAUUGCUAUUGUGGUUCGAUGCCCCUUGGCCCAGCCCCAAACUGGAUAUGGAUUCUGCUUUCAUAUCUGCUUCACCCUGGUGAAGUUCAUCGGAAUGGACGCAGCCGAUAAACUUCACGGGUGAAAGAGAGCCACCUUAAGGUGGACGAAUGAGAUGGGCACGAUGGAUGUCAUUGGUGGACACGAGAUUUCAAUGAAUGAUUCGCUUGGAAGCCAGCGGAGAGGA